AUGGCAGCGGCAGUGUCGCAACCUGCGCCUUCGGGCCUGCAGAAUGUCUCCGCUCUCCUGGAGACUCUCACCACAUGUUUGAACAACACCGGCUCGUCCUUGCCCAAGGCCACCCGGGAAAACCCCUCCGAUGUGUCGAUCGAGCCGCCGCAAGACGGCAUUUCGCUUCUCGACACCAAAUCCGACCUCCUCCUGUCAUACCUCCAGAACCUCGUUUUCUUGAUCAUUUUCCAAUUGCGAGGCCUGAAGAAAGAUGAAGAAGAGGAUGAAGAGGUCGACGAGUCCCUCCCGGAGGAGAUCGUGAAGAAACUUGUGGAGCUACGCGUCUACCUGGACCGCGGUGUCCGCCCGCUGGAAGGUCGACUCAAGUACCAGGUGGACAAGGUCAUUAAGGCCGCGGAGGAUGCCGAGCGCGCAGAGCGGGAUGGGGUUUCCACAGGCAAGAGCAAGAAAGCCAAGGGCUCCGACGCCGAGGAGUCGGGAUCGGAGGGUAGCAGCGACAGCGAGGGCGACAGCGACGAGGAGGACGAGGAGGAGGGAGAGGGAGCGGACAUCGACGAGAUGGCCUACCGGCCCAAUGUCUCCGCCUUCUCGAAGCGGGCGGAACCCCAGGCCAGACCCGACAAGCUCAACAACGAACCCGCCGGUGAUGGUAUCUACAGACCGCCCCGGAUCAUGCCUACGGCCCUACCUACGACCGAGCGGAAAGAGCGCCGCGAGCGUCCCGCCCAGCGGUCGAAUGUCAUUGACGAGUUCGUUAGCGCCGAGAUGUCGUCCGCUCCUAUGGCGGAGCCGAGCAUUGGUAGCACGAUUGUGCAGGGUGGUCGACACACGAAGUCGAAGAAGGAACGCGAGCGGGAGGCCGAGCGGACCGCAUAUGAAGAGACCAACUUUGUGCGUCUGAUGAAGGAAAGCAAGAAGGACCGGGCCAAGCGACUCCGGGCCGAGGGGCCGCAGAACCAGUACGGUGGUGAAGAUUGGAGGGAUCUUACCGCGGGCGCCGACCGGAUCACGAAACUCACCCGGAGGGCUAAGGGCAGCGGAGGUGCAUUGGACAAGAGUCGGAAGCGCAAGGUCACCGAGGAUGGGCAGCGUGACGACGGAGUGGGAGUUGGUCAGAUCUUCGAGAAGCGGCGCAAGAAGGUUGACAGCUGGAAGCGGUGA